AUGCUUGCGCUGGUCGCCUUCUUGGGCGCCGUCGGCGCCACCGCCUACGUGCCCCGCCUCGGCCCCGUCGGCAUCUCCGCGCUGGUGUUCUAUGGGCUGCGCGUAAGCGUUGUGCCCUUUGCCUCGCGCGCCUGCGUGGCGGCGUUCCGGAGCGACGCGCCUAUGGACCGCCUUCUGUGGCUCAACACGUCGGUGUCGCUCCUGCAUUCCAUCGUCUCGUCGUGCGUGAGCCUCGCCGUGCUCAGCUACCACGGCCGCGCCUUCUUUGACGCGGACUGGGUCCUCGCCAGCCCCGACGGCGCGAUGCUGCCGCUCGCCAUCUCGACGGGUUAUUUCCUCUACGACUUUUACGACCUUGUCGCGUACAAGCUGUGGCUCAAGGCGCCAGGGAUCCUCGCCCAUCACAUCAUGGUCGGCGCAUGCUACGCCUCGGCCAUUGUCUACGGUGUCGGGCAGUGCUACCUCGUGGUGAUGCUGCUCCUCGAGCUCAACUCGGUAUUUCUGCACGCGCGCAAGCUCCUCUCGAUGGCAGGCUACAGCAUGUCGAACGCGAUCUACGCCAUGGCAUGGCAAGGCGUCUGGGUCACCUUUGUUGCGACGCGCGGCGUCCUCCCGAUCGCGGUGCACGUUGCUGUCUUUGCCGAUCGAGCCCGCUUCCCGCAUCUGGUGCAGUACGCCAUGGCGUUUGGCGGCAUGGCGAUCCUCCAUGUCCUCAACUACCUUGUGUGCCAAGGCUGCUGGAAAGCGUACCGCAAGGACGUAGCCGCCAAGUCCAAGUAA